AUGCGCGAAUAUCCGCGUGCCGCCCCUGCGGCAGGCAAUGAGCCAAAAUGCAACAGCCCACGGACUCUUGUUUCUGCACCAGAGUUGGUGGAAGUCAGCCCGCUGAUGCGAUCAUGCAUUUUUGGGUUUAACACUCAUGUGGCGGAACUUCCCUCUUCUGCUACGGAUAUUAAGGCCGAGGACUCGUCCCUUUUAAUGUCUCAAGAAGGGGAAACAGCAUCCGAAAUGGCUGUGCGACGUGCUCUAUUCGCUCACCUACCGGAGGAGCUUAAAUGUAACACAAGUUUGGACGAGGGCGCCGGCACUAAUGGGAGCAGGUCGCAUGCCUUGCUUCGGACACCCUCCGCAGAUGCACACCGUGAAGAUCCUACUGCCUUGGCACAAGAUGGGGGGUCUCCGCAGCAAUUCAACGGAGUCCUUCCUUCUGAGUUGCGCGCCCGGUUGACGGCCUUGAGCCACGAAGUCGCCACACGACAGACAGAUUGCAAGGAGUCCCGUUUUACUACGAGACCAGCAUGCAGAAAGGGACGCCAUGCCAUCCGCAAGGCAGCGGUUGCAAUGCAUGCUGCACACCCUUUUGUGGAGUUGGAACAUCGAUUCAGUGGCUCCCCACGCAGCGCAACACCGCCGGCCACUCCCACCUGUGCGGAUGACAAGACAUCUGUGCUUCUGAGCCCAUGCGACAUCAGGGCUGCGAGUGAUGCACGGAGCCCUAGGGAGUCUGAGGAUGGUAGUGGGCCUGCCAAGGGAGCGCUGUUGCAGGCAUUGGGCAUGGCUAUUCAAAAAUUAGACGAUAAUGGCACUGCAGACCCCCGCUGCUCUCCUGUUGGCGAAUCAUGCUUCGUAGUUCCGCCAGCUGCCUCAUUGCCUUCCGCGGAAGGGGGGUGUGAUGGUAGCCUACACGCCAGCGACGUCGCGGCUUCACUUGAGGUGUCAGACGUUGAAAAGGACGUUUCACCAGGAGCACCUUUCUUCUGUGGAUCUACAUUUGCGUUGCCUCACUUUGCGGAUGGCUCUUGCCAGCAGACAGAGGAUAUUAUUGAACCUGUACGAAGCUGGACUUCCAUUGGGGACAAGCCGGCCACUACCGGAAGUGGUGGUGCUGGCGCAGUACGGCUUCCACUGGAUGCAGGAGGUGUAUUUUCAGAAGUUCAGUUGACCAUCCUCACACUAAUCGAGGACCUUCAUAGUGCGACAUGCUGCUGUGCCGCUGCCUCGAACCCGGAACCGUGCAGUUGCUGUAUCGGCGCGUCUGUCCUGCUGAAGAGCAAGUGGAUGAACAAUGCUGCGCUCACUUCAGUGCUACGGAAUGCGGGGUUUUAUGGGAAGGCAGCGUCGGCGCGAGAGUGCCCGGGAACGAUAUCUCAGCCGCACACAAUUUUACGUGGUAGGAGCCCGUCUCCAUUUCCUGCAAAGCGCUCACUUGCCGCUGGCCCUGACUCUGCAACAUCCACUUCUGUUGAUGAAUGCCCAGCCCCGACUAGGUGCGCGGAGUCAUCGCGGCGAAUUGAAGGCCUUAGUUGGAAUUCUUCCUCAUGCCCAGACACCGUUUCAACGAGCUGUGUGAAGUAUUUGACUUCGCCACGGACUUCUGCAAGGGCCACGGUCAUGGAUAGUGCUGAAGACAACGGGCACCUGCCCCCAGAUGACUGCUAUUCGGCUCAUGAACGGCUUUGUAGCGGAACACCCACCAGACGUAGCGAAAAGGGCGCAAAGCAUUCCGUUUUCCCCGCAGAAGCUCCAACAUGCUCAGAUGCAUUAGCAGGAUCGGGCAUUAAUUCUCCAAACGGCUCAGACAGCACGGAUGGUAUUCGGCCCACUAGCAAAGUGGGCGAUGAGGGGCCUUCCGGCGGUAAAGAGGAACGAGAGGAGUCACUGCACCUUCUUUUCAGGCAUCACGUUGCUGCUGUAACGUGUGCCGAUCGGUUUGCAGAGCUCCUUCCCUAUUCUCACAUCUUCAGAGAGUGCGUAGGCACCUAUCGCAUGCCAGCAACUUUACCGGCACCGGCCCGUCACCUACUUGUGCAAGAACUACAGAUGCUGCGUAGAGAACCUGAUCGGCUUUUGAUGCGUAAUUCUUUUCAGUGGACGGAAGCAGCUGGAGCAGUAUCAUGCCUGGCUGAUACAAAGUGCGGAGCUGCCGCUGAUGCAUUGCAUUGCGAACGUAUGGAUAUGGGUGCAAACGCAUCUGGUCCGAACUCCAGCGGAGUGCGAUCGGAGGGUCAUUCUCAUUCUCAUGAAGAUGGGAGCGCAUUUCUAGCCUCAGCUGCUUUAACGGCAGCAGAGUCAGACACGGGACGGUAUAGCAGCACAUGGGCACCACCGCUGCCCCUGCUGGACCCUUCUGUCCUUCUUUGCGCCUCGGGAACAGAGUUGGCUGCCCAGAAGUCUGCGCUAUUGAGGAUACUGAGGAUGCUGCGCUCGUUGGCGCCGACGUGGGCUGCACGUGACGACAAUUUCGGGUUUCACUUCAAAGCGGCAAUCGCGGCAAGAUCACUGGAUUCUUUAGAGCUGCAAAGCUAUCGCGUUGUUUUCCAGUGUUUGUCUCCCUUCGAUGCGAGGGAGUGGUCGCGCGACCAGCUCAUGGAAGUCCUUAACGAUCUCGACUGCAUCCGUCUUGCCUACAGGCGUCGCCGGAAUCUAAAGGCAAGCGUAGCGCGCGUCCAACGCCUGCUGGAGCAGCCUGAUGUAGACCCGGCCGGAGAAGUGUGGCAAAGCACUGACGGUGCAGCGGGCCAGCGACAUCAAUGGGGUCCCAGCGGUGGUGUCUCAAUUCAAACAGGUGACUUGGGGAACCCUCAAGGCCAACCGCGCGUUGUAGUGCGGGGUAGUCGAGAUACCUAUAGCGGCCAAGGUGCCCCAAAUGCUUCAAGCCCAACGGGUUUGGGCCCAACCUCAGUAACUGCGAGGACGCAGCAAAUGGGUGCAUUCAUGCAGCCAGUGUCGCUCCAGCAGCCGUCACCUACUAGUGGGGGGGGUAAAGCGCCACCCAGAACGGCUGGCCUUUCGGCCACUUGGCCCGGUGACAGAGAAGCCACAGCUUUCGUGGAUGACGACGGCUCUGCUGACAUGCAGUCACUUUCUGCCGGAGGCGGAACAUCUGGCGCCGCGAGCUCGGCGGUGUCCUCGGGUUUCGCUCGGAGGGGUCACUCGACAGGCUCAACAGUCGUUGCUCGGCGUAACGCUGCUGCGGUUUCCGAUGCCACUGGCGGUGGAAAAGCUGGGAACAGCAGCCCGAACGACUGCCCAGUACGGCAACAAUAUGCCGUCCGGGCGGCGGAGCUGCCCAAAAUAAAGGGAGUUUUUAUUGGCAAAAAACAUACUUGCUGGGUUGCGCAGUGGAAUGAUGCUAACGGCCAGCCUAGGCAAAGUUGUUUCAACAUCAAACAGCACGGCUUUGAAAAGGCUCGACGCCUGGCUGUUCAGGCGAGGCAGACCCUUAUGGGGAUGGCUACAUCUAAGCUCGCGAGCACUCCACCAACAGAAGCCCAGCGGGUGGCGGCACAACCUGUGUUGCCUGAAACCCCUGGCGGCCGCGAGACGCCUCCGGCGCAGACAAGAUUGCCAGAUUUACUUUUCAUGGGGGACGCCACUACAGCAAUUGCGGAGGCACUCGGAAAUCGCGGUAUUCAAACACCCACGGCCGUGCUGCAGCCUUCAUGUGCCAAGAGCAAACUCGAGGGUCUGAGUGCAACCAGCGAAGCGCAGGAAGUUCAGGGAGGCCAUGAUGCUUCUGCUGCGAGUGGAAGCGCCAAUGUGCUUCGCAGCGUGAAUCCUUCGCAGACAAAAGUAGCGCUUUCUGGGACAACAACUCCAAGGCACUCUCCACGAGGGGCGCCCCCGAGGCCGGCUUCUACCGGAUUUCCAUCGACGGAGUGUGUGGUGCCUCCUGUUCUACGAAAGCCAACAACACAGCAGCAUACGUCAGGUAAGGAACAGAUGCCAGUUCCUGCCUUAGCAGUCACCGGGUCGUCGGCGCAACAGCAGGUUUUGUUGCAACACCAGCUGCAACAACAGCUUGAAGAUCAGCUUCAGCAGUUACAACAGCUCCAACAGCAGUUGUUGCAGCAGUCUUCCACCGCUCAAGAGACUCCAGGGAGGCAAGUUCCAACACUGGGAUCUAGAGGUCCUCCGGUUCCCCCAUACUUGAAUUUAGGCGACAGCUCAUCGUCAGCUCUGGCAUUGGUGAGUUCGUUGUUAGGGGGUUCGGCUACGACAUCUCUGCGACUGCCAGUUUUCAGUGAUCCCCCGGGAGCCCCUCCUGCAUUGCGCUGCCCAGAAGGACAGCAGCGACAGGCGGCUCCAAAAGCUGGAACCCUUGAUUUGGCGAACGACCAACAAGUGGUCCUACAUUGUGCGAAGGGUCCUCGCGGAGGCCCUGCGGUCCCCGCGACAGUUGGUGACACUGAUGGGCUAGUCAUUGCCCCCGUUGGCCCUGCAGAAACGCACGAAGAUAACGGCGUACAAUCUUGUUCAAAGCGGAAACAAAGAUUAUUGUGUGCGUCGAAACCCGGUAAACGCACAUUGGCCUCAUUGGCCAGGGAAUUUCCAUCCGUUGGGGGUGUUACCUACAACGUGAAAGGCGCAUGCUGGGAGGUAGCGGUGAAAGGCCGUGAUACUACGAAGAUCUUUAGCACCAGAAAGUUUGGGGGCCUAGAGGCAGCUUAUGGCGCAGCAGUCAUGUGGAAACGCAAGGUAGACAGGGGUGAACAGGGUGAUGAUGAUGUAGAUGGGCCCGAUGGACAAGAAGGUCCACCAGAUGAUGAAUAUCUGGAUGAGGCCGAAGGGCUUGGAGGCAGCGCCUCCUCAGCAAAGUGGGAGGCCGGGUUAGAAGCAGACGAACCCUCGAGAAAGCGAGUUGUUUGUUCAAGGCCCGACCCUGUGGUGGGUUCUUUGGGAGUUGCCAUGCAGCAGCAGCAAUUUGGGCAGGCAGUGGUUUCGCCAACUAUAAACAUUACAGCAGUAUUGGACAAGAAUCAUGGCGUUCAGCAGUUGUCCAGGGCACCCAGCGUUUGA